GUUUUGACUUUCGUUUAUCCACGUUGUCAGUAACACAGUAGUCAGUAGAAGCCGCAUAGGAGCGUACAAGUGUAGAACAGCCAUUCGACCAUCAAGGCCAUCAGUGCUCAUUACUCACUAGACUGCGACUUGGAAUAGUCAAAACUGAAAAACUUUUGAACAAGUCAACAAGUGUUUACAGCUCCCUUUAUUCGAGCUUAUAAAAGUUUUUACUUAUAAAUAUUUAUUGAAGAGAUUUGAUUAAUUAUACAUCAAUAUGAACGGAUACGGAUACGGUCAAGGUCCACCACAAGGACAAAAUCCAUCAGGCAUGCCAUGUCCAUUUGGUGAUCAAUCAGUGGGAGGUAUGCCAAUGCCAAUGCCAACUCAGGCAACACCGUAUCCAAAUCAGCCAGGAAUAUAUCCAAAUUUAACAGCACCAUUGCCGUAUCCAAAUAAUUCAGCUCCAUAUCCAACUCAUCAACCAGCUCCGUAUCCAGGUCAACCAUCACAGACUCAAUCAACUCCAUAUGGAAAUUAUCCAAGUGCAUAUCCACCACAAGCAACCUCAUAUCCUGGUCAAGCAAUGGCACAACCACCUCAACAAGCAUAUCCACCUCAGGCAUCUUAUCAGGGACAUAAUAGCGCUGUUCCAAAUCCAAUGGCACAAACAGCACCAUUCAAUCCAAUGUAUGCAGUACAACCAACAGCACCAACAGCAUGUUCACGUUCAAGCAGUGAAUACAAUCAUGCUCCACCAGUAAACUAUCAUAAUUCUACAUCUUCUUGUCGUGUCGCUCCAUUAACAACAAACACACAAAUUGUUGUUAAAUUAACACCAACUGUUUUACAUAAUCCAAACUUCAAUGCCGUUAAUGAUGCCGAAGUUUUACGAAAAGCAAUGAAAGGCUUUGGAACAGACGAAAAAACAAUUAUAUCAAUAUUGAGUAAUCGAAAUAAUCAACACAGACAAAUUAUUGCAAAUAGUUUUAAAACACUAUAUGGAAAAGAUUUAAUAAAAGAUCUUAAAUCAGAGCUGAGUGGUAGAUUCGAGGAUUUAAUUGUUGCAAUGAUGACACCAAUUAUUGAUUAUUAUGUCAAAGAAAUUCAUGACAGCAUGUCGGGAAUUGGUACAGAUGAAGAUGUACUUAUCACCAUUCUUUGCACAUUAAAAAAUCAGGAUAUCCAUCAAAUAUGUGCAAGUUAUAAAAAAAAAUAUGGCAAAUCAUUGGAGAGUGAUAUACGUGGUGAUACAUCAGGUCAUUUUGAGAGAUUAUUGGUAUCCUUGUGUAAUGGUCAACGUGAUGAGAGUGGACACACUGAUAUAAAUGCUGCAAGAUCUGAUGCAACAAGACUUCACAGUGCUGGAGUUGGUCGCUUGGGAACAGAUGAGUCUGAAUUCAACUCUAUUCUUGCUCAACGAAAUGUACAUCAACUGAAAUUAAUUUUUCAAGAAUACUCUAAACUAUGUGGUCAUGAUAUAUCAACAGCAAUUGAUCGUGAAUUUUCUGGGCAUAUUAAAAAAGCUCUUCUUACAAUUGUGGAAUGUGUCAAGGAUAGUCCCUUGUAUUUUGCUAAACAACUAAACAAGUCCAUGUCUGGAAUAGGAACAGAAGACCGGAAAUUAAUUUUUAUCUGCGUUACACGUUCCGAAGUUGACAUGGGAGAUAUUAAAAAAGCCUUUCAUCAAAAAUAUGGAAAAACUCUUGAAAAACGCAUAUCAGAGGAUACAUCUGGUGAUUACAAAAAAUGUCUCAUCGAACUCAUCAGCUAAACACUUAAAACUCAAAUAUAUAUUCACUAAAAUCAAUGUGUGAUAUCACUUUAUUUAUUCUUAAUUUUGUAAAUGAAAUAAAAAUAAAUAAUAAUAAUUUUGUAAUUUAACAAAAUUUGUUUAAAAUAAACAAUUAUUCUGUUGAUAAAUCAUAAAGAUUUUUUCUUUUUAUUUCAAUAUAUUUAAUAUAUUUAUUUUUUUUUUUGUGUCAGUUUAAUAAAUAAAGUUACAUAGUCAACAUAGAUUUAAAAAAUUUGUUUUAUGUUUUCAUACAGCAUCAUUAAAUUUAUAUUCAUGAUUAAUAAUAAACUACAUAGCUAAGAAAAGAAAUAAUCACGAAUAAUUUCGGCCUGAAAAUAAUUGACAAUUUCAAGUAUAAAAAUAUUUUUAAAUCACAAUAUAAAUAUUAAAUAAUUAUCAGUGUUUAAACAAUAAUAAUUUUCUGUUAAUUUUAUAUUCUUUAAACUCAAUAAUGUAAAUUAGUUUGUAAACAUUGUUAUCAUAUUUUUUUUUUUAACAAAAGAAUCAUUUAAAUAUUUGAAAUAUUCAGUGAAAUAAAAAAACUAAUUCUUAUGUGAAAAUAACAAUUGACCCCAUAAUUUUUGGUACAUUGAUUCCUUAUAGUUUCACCUGUUUCUUAGCUACUGCUUUUCCUUGGAAAUUUUCAUUUUUUAACAAAUAAAUUACAUGUAUUUUAAUUAUUAAAUAAUUAAAAAUACCAAGGACAAGC